GAUUUCUUAAAAAACAUUAGACGUGUAUCCUUAGUUGCCUAUAUAAAAGGCAUUGAAGUUAUUUAGACUGUGAUUGCAAGGUUCAGUUAAUAUUAUUUCCUUUGUACCUUUGUAUAUAGACUAUCUUUCUGAUCGGUUUAAUCAAUUCUAUUUUUUGAAUGAUUAGGAAUAUUUCUGAAUCACAUGAAAGACUACAGUGUCUUCCUCCCUUUAUUAGCUUGUGAAACCUCCAAAUGAGACUGAAGAACAGGUACCUACCUCGAUAACAAACAAAUAUUCUGGAUCCAGUCAGUUAGAUUGUUGAGCUUACUUGUGCGCGUGUAAGCAAUGACCAUGUGGAUUUUGUGUUGUUAGAGUUUACUUUCCUUUUACUAUAUUCUCCAUUUAUAUAAACAAAACGUUCUACACUCAGUAGUAUCAAAAUGGUUAUUCCCCAGGAUGAUAGUACCUCUUCUGAAUCUCCCGAAUCUGGCCAAAUUAACUUGCUAACGCUCAAAAGAAAUAGAAGACUGAGAACUCUUAUAGCCUAUUGGAUAUUGGGACUGUGUAACAACUAUGGAUAUGUUGUGAUGUUAACCGCUGCAAGUGAUAUUAUAGAAGAGCAAACUGGAAAUUCAACUGAGAAAAAAACAGGAGCAAGAGACUGUACUUAUCUAUCUACUGGCGCUAUUUUACUGGCUGAUAUUUUACCUGGUUUGACAAUUAAGAUACUUGCGCCUUUUUUGCCAUUUUUUGUACAUUUACGAAUAGCGGCUUGUGUGAUACUAGCCUGCUCAGGAUUUCUGUGUGUGGCAUUCAGCAAGACACUAUUUUUAUCAAUUCUAGGAGUCGUUCUCACAUCUUUUUGCUCUGGAUUGGGGGAAGUAACGUAUCUCCAAUAUAGCAGCUUUUAUGACAAAGAUGUAGUUUCUACGUGGAGUUCUGGAACUGGAGGAGCAGGAGUAAUAGGAGCACUGUCUUACUUAAUUUUACAAACCAUAAAUAUGAGAACGGCACUACUGAUCAUGUUGAUCGUUCCUGUAUUUAUGGGAAUUUCAUUUUGGAUUAUUUUGCCGAGACCAUCUGUAUCAGAUAUUGCUCAUGCCCUGGAAGUUCAGAAAGAUGUGAAUGCAGAGGAGUUGGAAAAUCCCAAAGAAGCAUUAAAAAAGAAACUAUUUCUCAUACCUGGAUUAAUGAAAUAUAUAAUUCCAUUCUGCCUGGUAUAUGUUUUCGAAUAUUUUAUCAACCAGGGAAUGUUUGAGCUAAUCCGUUUUAAAGAUUCUACUCACUCUGAAACUCAAGUUCAAUAUCGAUGGUUCCAAGUUACCUACCAAAUUGGUGUGUUCCUUUCAAGAUCGUCUGUUAACCUAUUCCAUAUCAAACAAACUUGGUAUAUGACAUUUUUUCAAGUGAGUAUGUUAUAACACCAAUGAUUGCAAAU